UACACAUCCAAAAGGCUACGUAGCCUAGAUCCACCGCACCACUACAAUACCUUUCGAUGACUAAGUGAUUACAAGGUAACGGAAGCGAGCCUUAUCAAAACGUACAUCUUUGACAAACCUAUCAAACUAUGUCUUCAUAUUCACGAACCUAAUUCAAUAAUGCUUCCCCGGCCUGAUUUAAGCUUUACGCUGCCUAGUAUAUAUGAUGAUACCGGAUUAGACUGUCGCAUAUAUCAUCCAGUGCGUCAAGAAGAACGAUGGAAUACCCUACAUGCUGCCAUUAUCGCGCACCCGUACGCGCCUUUGGGGGGCUGUUAUGAUGACCCGGUCGUGCUCUUGAUAGGCGGGAUAUUGCUUCAGACCGGCUUCGUGGUUGUGACAUUUAAUUUUAGAGGUGCAUCUUCGUCCGACGGCCGUACAUCAUGGUCCUCCAAGCCGGAACGCGCUGACUACAUGUCUGUCGUUGGGUUCGUCGUCUAUUAUAUGCAUUACUUACAUUCUCCCCAGCGACUACCACAAACCACAGCGGGAGGCAGAUCUCCCACUCUCCUGUUCGCAGGGUACUCGUAUGGCGCCAUGGUUACAACCCAACUCCCUUCUCUCCAGUCCGUCCUAUCGCAGUUCGCUUCGCCUGCUACGCAUACUGCCUUCGCAGAUAUCCGACUGCGAGCACAAUAUCUCGCCGGACAAGUGGCCGGAGCAUCCGCUGCUGCCUCACCACGAAGAUCACAGCGCGUGCGUGUUGGCGGUGACGAAGACAGGUCUUUCCUACAGCACCCUCAUGAUAACUUGCGGACAGGCCUUAGCAGGCAGGAAAUACGAGGGGGUGUCAAGGACCUGUUGUCAAAGGCAACGUUGGCAUACAUGAAAAUUGACUGCAACUCUGCCACUCAAUAUAAGGACAGGGCUCGAGAAGAAUCACGCUUAGAGAAGGUCCACGAUUUAAUAAGGUAUCACAGCGCCUAUCUGGUUGUCUCACCGCCCCUGGGCAUCGCUACCAAUCUAGCGACCAUGAGUUUCCCGCUUUCCUUCUCUAUGUGGCCGAUGAGAAAGCGCAGCAGGAUUCACCCUGGUGGAAAUGAUAAGACGACAAAGGAACAGGAAGCAACUGAGGCCGAGGAUAAGCUUAUAGCGAACCCUGUGGUAGUCAUAUAUGGCAACCGUGACAUUUUCUUAUCGAUGAGGAGGAUACAGGACUGGACCAACCGCCUCUGCAAUGUCGAGGGAUCCAAUUUUCAUCAUAUUAUGAUUCCAGGUGCUGGGCAUUUUUGGGCAGAGGAUGGCGUCAUAUCUAAGUUAAGCCAGGCUAUAAACUCGUUUGCAUCCAGAUUAACACAGAAUCAAAACCAUUAAUCGUAACGGUUAUUUUAAUAACCUGAGGCUUUGUAUAUAUAUCUGGAGAUAUUGUGGCACUUAGGCAAUCAGGCAUUCAGAAUGGAGCCCUGUCAUUGGUUAGGUUGAAGAAAAACGCACAACAGCUAAUUGUUUAUAAAACGCUGUAUUUAAGCCUUUUAGCAGUUUAAUUUUUAUACCUUCAAUUAAUUAACUAGAUUUACCUUUUAA